GUCAGCCCAAGGGUGCUACCACGCUCAAAGAAGGUAAAAGUGUACACGGUAAAAAAUGCCCAAGCAGCAGUUUCGCGACACUGAUGUGAUCAGUAAAGUUGUUAAAGUGAACUUUGGGAUAGGAAGCCAACAACAAAUACAACAACAGGCCCAUAUUCCAAUGGUGGCAAACGAGCUGUAUAAUCACGAUUCUAGAACACCUGUGCAAUUUGGAAUGCUGGACAGGAGAAUGGGGAUAAAUGUUGAAGGUCCACUUUGUACAACAUGUGGAAAAGGGCUUCAAAACUGUUUAGGUCAUUUUGGUUAUAUUGAUUUACAGCUUCCCGUUUUCCAUGUUGGAUUUUUCAAAGCUACGAUAACUGCCUUGCAAACUAUUUGCAAAACUUGCUCUCACGUUUUGCUUGAUAAGAAGAUGAGAAAGAUUUAUCGAGCUAAGCUUAGAACCCACAACUUGCCCUAUCUUCAAAAGAAAGCACUGAGGAAGCAAAUUGUAGAAAAAUGCAAAAAAGUAACACGCUGCCCCAAUUGCAAUGAUAUCAAUGGCACGGUGAAAAAGUGUGGAAUGUUGAAGAUCUCCCACGAGAAAUUUGAAAAUUUCAAGAGAGACAGUUCUACGAUACAAAAACAACUGGUGGCCUACGAUACUGCUGUGCAGUUCAACAAAGAGAUUGAACCAAUGUUGUCAUCUGCUUUGAUCAACAUUUUGAAUCCUCUUGAAGUAUUUGGCCUUCUUAAGAGAAUACCAGACGAAGACGUUCAGUACAUACUGAUGAACCCCGAACACGGGCACCCAAAGGACAUGAUUCUCACCCGUGUUCCAGUUCCUCCUGUUUGCAUUCGACCUGCAAUAUCUUCUAAAUCGGGAACAAUAGAGGACGAUUUAACAAGAAAACUUAGAGAAAUUGUCAACUUAAACGAGUUAGUGACCAUGAAACUGAUUAACGGUGAAAGUUGCUCCAGUCUUAUGGAAACUUUUGACGAUUUGCAACUGCAAUGCGCCCUGUACAUCAACGGAGAACUCCCCGGAAUCCCGCCGAACCUGCAGCCAAAAACACCAUCUCGUGGUUUAGUUCAACGCUUAAAGGGAAAAGAAGGACGCUUUCGAAAAAAUCUUUCGGGGAAGGCAGUCGACUUUUGCGCUAGAACAGUCAUUUCGCCUGACCCGAAUCUGCGGAUUGAUGAAGUUGGUGUCCCGGAAUUGAUUGCGAAACUUUUGACUUACCCUACUAUUGUUAAUGAAGCCAAUAUCGAAAUAAUGAGAAAAUUGAUAAGAAACGGACCAGAUAUCCAUCCUGGCGCCAUUUUUCUAAAGGAAAAAAACUCAAAAUUGCCAAUAUUCCUGAAGUACGGAAAUCGUCGCGAAACCCUAGCUCGAAACCUGAAGGUCGGCGAUUUGGUUGAAAGGCAUAUGAUGGACGAAGACAUCGUAUUGCUCAACCAUCAGCCUUCGUUGCACAAACUUUCGAUUAUGUGUCACCGAGCCAAGAUUUUGCCGGGCCUCACUUUCCGCCUUAAUGAGUGCGUCUGUACACCCUACGAUGCAGAUUUCGACGGUGACGAGAUGAAUCUUCAUCUUCCUCAAACAGAAGAAGCCCGCGCAGAAGCCUUGAUCCUAUUAGGGACAAAAUCUAACUUAGUGACUCCUCGAAACGGCCAAUUAUUGAUAGCAGCUAUUCAAGAUUUCAUAACUGGAGCUUAUUUACUGACGUUGAAGGAUGCUUUCUUCGAUCGAGCCAAGACUUGCCAAAUGGUUGCAUCCAUGCUUGCAGGUGACGAGGUAAACAUGGUCAUUAAACUUCCACCUCCGUGUAUCCAAAAACCCGCAGCCCUAUGGUCAGGAAAACAGAUUUUCAGUUUGAUUCUUCGUCCUAAUCCUGGAGAUCGCAUUAAAGUUAACCUGAGAACCAAAGGAAAAGAGUAUUCAAAGAAGAACGAAGAGUUUUGCGUCAAUGACGGGUUUCUGUUGGUCCGUAAUUCUGAGGUGUUAGCAGGAUGCGUUGACAAAUCUACCAUUGGAUCUUGUUCAAAAAUCAACAUUUUUUACGUACUUCUUCGCGACUACGGAGAGGAUUUCGCUAUUCAGGCAAUGUGGAAACUUUGCCGAGUAGCUUCUUAUUAUAUGAUGAACCGAGGAUUCUCUAUCGGCAUUGGUGAUGUAACUCCUGGUAAAACUUUGCUGAAAGAAAAGCAAAAUCUCUUGGACUCUGGUUAUUCCAAGUGCGACGAAUACAUUCGUUUACUCACUAUCGGUCAGUUACCUUGCCUUCCGGGAUGCAAUGAAGAGGAAUCUUUGGAAUCGAAAAUCUUGAAAGAACUUUCUGGGAUUCGUGACCAGGUCGGAGAAGUGUGCAUAAAGGAGCUGCAUCCGAGUAACAGCCCGUUGGUCAUGUCAAAAAGUGGUUCGAAAGGAUCACUAAUCAACAUUUCUCAGAUGAUUGCCUGCGUAGGACAACAAGCUUUAAACGGCAAACGAGUGCCCAAUGGUUUUGAAGACCGUAGUCUCCCUCACUUUGAUCUACAUUCGAAAAUCCCAGCUGCAAAAGGUUUUGUCUCCAACAGCUUUUACUCCGGACUUUCUCCCACGGAAUUUUUCUUCCACGGAAUGGGUGGGCGUGAAGGAUUGGUAGAUAAAGCCUUAAAAACAAGUGAUGUUGGUUAUGCGCGACGGCGACUAAGUAAAUCCUUGGAAAACUUUUGUUGCCGAUACGAUUCGACUGUGAGGAACUCCUCCGGAGAGGUCAUUCAGUUCGAUUAUGGAGGUGAUGGGCUAGAUCCUACUUACAUGGAAGCCAAAGAUCGCCCGGUCGACUUCCAGCGAACUCUUGAUCAUACCAAAGCCGCUUCCCCUUAUCCAGAUGAAGAACCUUUGGAUGAUAUUGAACUGAAAGGAUCUUUUGACUCGAUUAUGGAAAUAGAUGAGUUUAAAACGCUUGGGAUUGAUUUUAAACAUGAACUCAGAGUUUUUGUCGAGAACCAAGUCAAACGGAUUAAAUCGGUGCGAGAGAUGUACAAAAUGGUGGGACGAGCACUACAUCCAGUGGAAAAACACCUGGAGCGGAUAACCGUUGGCCAAUUGGUUGAGUUCUGUGACUUGGCGAAGGAAAAGUACGAAAGGGCUAAAAUUGAGCCAGGUACUGCCGUUGGAGCUCUUUGCGCUCAAAGUAUUGGAGAACCCUUAGCAAAAAUGACGUGUAAUCCAUUUGCUGGUGUUGCUUCCAAGAUACCGGGAGUUCCUCGAAUUAAGGAAAUCAUCGAUGCUUAUAAAUCAAUCAGUACGCCAGUCAUUUCUACUCAGCUUUUAAAAGAUGAUGACCCGGAGUAUGCUCGACGAGUAAAAGGACGGAUAGAAAAGACUACGCUUGGAGAAGUAACGGAAUACUUCGAGGAAGUCUAUAAACACAACGGUUGCUUUUUAAUGAUUAAGUUGGACGUGAAUAGGAUCCGAUUGCUUAAAUUGGAAGUGAACGCAAGUUCCAUUCGACUUAGCCUCUGCGAUGGAAAGCUAAAGAUUAAACCGAGUUUCGUUGCAGUCCUCAAUGAAACGGAAAUUAUAAUCAGAUGCACUGCAUCCACGAAAUUGUCGAUGAAUGACGUUAUGCAAAAUCUUAAGAGAGAGUUGCCCAAGCAAGUCAUCAAGGGCUUCGAUAGUAUCACUCGAGUGGUAAUAAACACUGACGAUACGAGAAACCCACCGAUGUAUUCCUUAGUUGUUGAAGGUAACAACAUGCGAGAAGUGAUGGCGACUUACGGUGUUAAAGGGUCCUCGACUACAUCAAGCAAUAUUUUUGAAGUUUUCAAUACUUUGGGAAUCGAAGCUGCCAAGGAAACGAUUGCCCAAGAAAUUAAAUCGACCAUGGAAAGCCACGGCAUGAGUGUCGAUCGUCGUCACGUCGCCCUUCUUUCAAGUUUCAUGAGUCAUCGUGGUGAAAUUCUGGGAGUCACGAGACAUGGAUUGGCCAAGAUGAAAGAGUCGGUUCUUAACUUGGCCUCGUUUGAGUGCACCUCCGAACAUUUAUUUGAUGCAGCAUACUACGGCCAAGAAGAUGAGAUUACUGGGGUUAGUGAAUGCAUCAUCAUGGGAUCACCAAUGUCAAUUGGAACGGGUUCCUUUAAGCUUAUAUACAAAACAGAAAGCACCGUUCCACUCAAAACAAGACCACUUAUUUUUGACGUUCCAGAAUAUCACGUCCCUAUGGUAUAGUGUUUUAACUUAAUAAUCUGGAUGCAUGGAGUCAGUUUGCUUGCGUUAAACUUUAAUUAGUAGACAUUUUUUUACGUACGUUGCUGUGUGCUGUCGUUGUACGAUGUUUACUUUUCGUUUGUUUUUUGUAUGUGUUUU